CACCGAAUUAAAUCAGUGCAGCCUUUUUCCCUUUACCUAUCAGUGCAGGUGGACAGCCACUGUGGACAUUUGGACUUGUAGUCUAAUGCCAAGGCUGAACUGUCUCAGGGCAAAGUGGGGAACUGGCUCAAGGCUGCAAGGGCGACUAUGCAGAUUAGUUUAGUGCGUGUAUGGUAAUAUACUGAAUAUUUAUAGGCUGUUUUAGAUGUUUUUUAAGCCUUUAUUACAAACAGUGGAGCGAUAAUAGAAAAUGAGGAAGAUGCAACAGGUCCCCUGGAUGGCAGUAGCUUUUGCAUAACUAGGCUACUAAAUAUUGUAUGAGGGCCUGAUGUUAGAUAUAGUUUUAAUAUCUUCAUUAUUUCAGUUUAUAUUGUGCUCACAUGUUGCAUAUCCCCAUAUGCAUUCAUGUUCAAUCAUGUAAUCAGAUUACUGGGUAUUUAAUCAUAAUAUAAAUCUGCCAUAUGUUAUCUGUUGUGUGCACAAUUGGGAACAGGGUGUCAAAAGGGUACCAACAAUGAAAUCUAAACUGCUGAUAAAGCUUCACUCUCCACUGAAAGGUUUUGUCUUCCUGGAUGAUGCAACAGAAAGCCCUGGUUUCAGACAACACAACUUGCCAGUCGGACUGUAAAGAAACAAGCACCUCCCCCUGUCUUCAUUUAGCCUGGAGAAAACCUGAAGGAAAGAGUGGAAACAGUUGAGUCCACAGCUGGCUGCAGGAGGAGCGCGCUGCGGGGAGAUUUUACUAUACGUGUCAAGAUGGAAGAAGUACUGGCGCCUUUAAGGGAGGCUGUGAGGGAACAGGGUGACUUGGUGCAUCAGUUGAAGGAAAAAUGCGCCUCAGAACAGGAGCUGAGCAAAGCUGUCGCAGAGCUGAAAGCCAGAAAGAAGAUUCUUGAAGCAAAGGAGUUAGCUCUGCAGCCCAAAGAUGACACAGUGGACAGAGUGAAGAUGGAGGACACCUUAAAGAGGAGAUUCUUCUACGAUCAGGCCUUUGCCAUAUAUGGAGGUGUGAGCGGCCUGUACGACUUCGGCCCUGUGGGCUGUGCCCUGAAGAACAACAUCCUGCAGGUGUGGAGGCAGCACUUCAUCCAGGAGGAGCAGAUCCUGGAGAUCGACUGCACCAUGCUGACCCCCGAGCCUGUCCUCAAGACGUCCGGGCAUGUGGAUAAAUUUGCUGACUACAUGGUGAAAGAUGCCAAGACAGGAGAAUGCUACCGUGCUGAUCACCUCCUUAAAGCUCACUUAAAAAAACUGAUGUCUGAUGAGAAAUGUUCAGCAGAGAAGGUGACCGAGAUGGAGGACGUAAUCACUCAGAUGGACAACUACACUCAGCAGGAGCUGGCCGACCUCUUUGUGAAGUACAACGUCAAGUCUCCCUCCACAGGAAAUGACCUCACACCUCCCGUCUCCUUCAAUCUGAUGUUUCAGACGUCCAUCGGACCAGGGGGGAACAUGCCCGGCUACCUGAGGCCUGAAACAGCUCAGGGAAUGUUCCUCAACUUCAAACGCUUACUGGAGUUCAACCAGGGGAAACUGCCCUUUGGUGCCGCUCAAAUCGGAAACUCCUUCAGGAACGAGAUCUCACCUCGCUCUGGACUCAUUCGUGUCAGAGAGUUCACCAUGGCGGAGAUUGAGCACUUUGUGGACCCAAAUGAGAAGAUUCACCCUAAAUUCUCCAGUGUAGCCGACCUGGAGAUCCUGUUGUUCUCCUCCAAGGCUCAGACGAGUGGCCAGUCUGCACAGAUCAUGAGGCUGGGCGACGCUGUGGAGCAGGGAGUGAUCAACAACUCAGUGUUGGGUUACUUCAUUGGAAGAAUCUAUCUCUAUCUGAUCAAAGCAGGACUGUCCAAAGAUAAAGUGCGCUUCCGUCAGCACAUGGAGAACGAGAUGGCUCACUACGCCUGUGACUGCUGGGACGCCGAGUCCAAAACCUCCUAUGGCUGGAUUGAGAUCGUAGGGUGUGCUGACCGCUCCUGCUAUGACCUGUCGUGUCACUCCAGAGCCACCAAGGUCCCUCUAGUGGCUGAGAAGCCCCUGAAAGAACCCAAAGUAGUAAAUGUUGUCCAGUUUGAGCCCAAUAAGGGCGCCAUAGGAACAGCCUACAAGAAAGAUGCCAAGUCUGUUCUGGAGUACCUGGCUGCCUGUGACGAAUGCUACAUCACUGAUCAGGAGAAGAUUCUCAAUGAGAAAGGGGAGUUCAGUGUUGAGACAAACAACAAGACAUUCAAACUGACCAAAGAUAUGGUCAGUGUGAAGAGGUUCCAGAAAACUCUGCACGUGGAGGAGAUUGUUCCCAAUGUAAUCGAGCCGUCCUUUGGCAUCGGCAGAAUCAUGUACUCCAUCUUCGAGCACUCGUUCCGAAUCCGGCAGGGGGAUGAACAGAGGACGUAUUUCAGCUUCCCUGCCACUGUGGCUCCAUACAAAUGCUCCAUCCUUCCUCUGAGCCAAAACCAGGAGUUUAUGCCAUUUGUCCAGCAGUUAUCUGAGGCGAUGACUAAAAACAGUGUGUCCCACAAAGUGGACGACUCAUCAGGAUCCAUCGGCAGGCGUUACGCCCGGUCCGAUGAGAUCGGAGUGGCGUUUGGCAUCACCAUCGACUUCGACACGGUGAACAAGACGCCUCACACAGCCACGCUGAGAGACCGCGACUCAAUGAGGCAGAUCAGGGCCGAGGUCUCCGAGUUGCCAGGGAUUGUUCGAGAUCUGGCUAACGGCACCUUGACGUGGGCUGAGGUGGAGACAAAGUACCCCAUCUUUGAAGGACAAGAGACCAGCAAGAAGGAGUAGCUGAACUAGGACUCAUCUAGCUACUGUACGCACAGGGACCACAUUGUGAAUAAAGAGAUCAACAUUUCCCCAAGUCAUUCUAUGAUACAGGAAGCUUAUUAGCCUUAUGAAUUGUAUACGUAUACAUACAGGAAAAAGCUAUUUCUCUUGGAUCCAUAGCACUGAUACUGUGAAAGCAAUAAACAGAGAUACAGCCAGCUACAGACUUGAGCUUAAUACAUUUAUCUAACUUUUAUAAUAAACAUUUACA